AUGGCGUGGCAGUUGGAGCGAGGAUCUGCUGAUCGUCGUCCGAGUGUUCAUGGUCCGAGGCAACCAGUGGGAAGAUGGGAUGAGGAUGGAACAUGGAUGGAUGAAAGAUAUUCAGGGGACAUGUCUGUAUUGAGAAGGGAGGAUGAGAGGAGAGUCAAGACACUUGAUGUUGAUGCCUCCUGUAUUACUUGUACUCUAGUGUAUAUCUGGUAUUACACGAUACCAGUUGGUAAUCCUGUACGAGUUUAUUGUACAUUAUUCGUAUAUUAUCAGAGACAUUAUUUACAGAAUUGUAAGUCUUACAAUUCCCAUGGAAUGAGGAUCUAACUCUCUGAAAAUCUUCUCUUAUUUUUGAUACAGUAGCAUCCUCGGUCAGUAA